AUGUCUGGUUGCGGUGAUGCUGAGGGUGACUCGGUCUCGGUCGGAUCGAGCGGCUGCUUGGAAGGCUUGGCAAACUGCCUUCAGGGCCUCGCUGGCCUCGCGAAAGCCAGCGCUCUGCGAGAGCGUCUCCCGGCAGAGCUGCAGGAUGCCAAGGCCAAGGCCGGAGCGGAGGUGGCGACUGCCGAUCCCGUGCUGGAGGCCUCUGCUGCCUCUGGCACAGCCCCGGCCCGCCGGCGAAAAGUGGCUAAGCAGGUGCGUGAGCCGGUGCGGCAAGCGGAUCCGAGCCCAGAAGGGCUUCCUUUUGUGCCGCGGGAGGACCCAGCCUCCCGGCCCUUUUGGUGUGGCCGCUGGCCUGGGGCCCGCAAUGACUACGAGGGCGAGGCCGGUUUCCGCUUCCUCGUCCACCUGGACUGCGAGGUCACGGCGCUCGGCCGCCCCUGUGAGCCACCAUUGAUGGAGGCCGCAGCUGUCUCUCUGUGGCAUGCUGCAUCACAGGACCUUUUGGCGUCCAUCGCUGUGGGCCCCGCUUCGCGCGUGGAGGGCUCAUACGCAUGGGAGCGUUUGCCGGAGGCCAUCAUUCUUCGUCCAGGCCAUGAGUACCGAUUGACUCUCCGCUGCCGCGCUAACAUGCAGGACCGCUGGUCGGAUGCCACCUGCGCAGCCGAGGAGGCAGCAGCCGAGUCCUGGGCGGCGCUUGCCAGCUUCCUGGGUGGCGCGUGCAAGAAUGCGAACGGCUUCCCCAGCCGCACUGACGGCGACCUUCGGCGCCCCGGCAUAGUGAACUUCAAAGCCCUGCUGCGACCGUCCAACGAGCCGGCGCUCCGCGAUGUCGGCCGCGAAGCUUUCGCCCGGUCUCUUGCCGCCAGCGCUGCUGCAGAGGCUCGAGCUGGCGACGAGGUGGAGAGCCGGCUAGCGGCGCUUGCUGGCCUUGUAGCUCUUUUCGUGGACGAGAUCAGGCUCCCGGCCAUGGCGCUGCUGGGAGCCGAGGAGGAGUUGCAGCUCAUCGCGGCGAGCGCCGCCGCUUGCAGCCCUACCGGGGCACUGGAGCUGGCAGGCUGUGGGAUCUUCGACAGCCGUGCGCUCUGUCAGGAGAUGUCUCGCACAGCGCGCCGCAGCGGUCUGGAUGCGGGCCUGCUGCUGGUUGGUGCACUGACGGGCGAGGUGCUGGGCCUGUGCUUGCGGCCACGAGCCCCCGAGCUGCGCUUCGAGGGCACCGGCCGGCCGCUCCAGGCCUGGGAGCUGGCAGAGCAGCUGCAGGCUGGCUUGGCUUUGGUCCGAACCUCUACAGAGGUGGUUGCCUACCCUGCGCAGAAGGCUGCGGGAUCUGCGGGCUUGCGGCUGAAGCUGUGA